AUGAUGCAGCGAAGGGAUGUUCUAUCGACAAACCAACUUCUCGAAAUGUUGGCGGGCACGCGGGUCGGGAUCAGACUGGGGGCGGUGGAGGGUCAUUACUCGGGAGUGAUGACUGAAACACUUGUUCCAUUGCCUAGCCCCCGCUUCCGUUCAGUCUGCAAAAGACGGCGCUCGCUCGUCGACAGCGUCUGGGGCUGCCGGAUGCGGAGACGCGUUGCCGGGCGCGGCUGA